AGCCCGUCGCUCGAGCACGUGCUGGGCAUAGGGCCACUGGGGCGCCCGUGCGCCCCCGCUCCACCCUCCCCCCUCGCCUUCCCGCGGCCCGUUCCCCCCUCAGGCGCUGAUGGUGUGCGCUGCUCGGCUGCGAUGGCCCUCGGACCAGCUGGCCCUCGGGAGGCAGUGCCGGCUGCGGGUGAACUCACACUGCGACAAGGUGAUCGUCAACGUGGUGUUGUUGCCAGUGUUCGACUCGCUCAUGCUCAACUCCUUCGCCCUCCAACUGGUGGCUUCACUAUUGGAUUCUCUUCCGCAUGCAGUGGUUGUUGAUCAUGGCCAUUGUACGUCGGCUGGCGAAUCGCACAUCUCGAUAUCUUUUCGGCGGGUUCCUCCUGAAGCUGGAGGUAGUCCUCCUGGCCCACCUGCUGGUGGGGGCUCUCCUGGCGGUUGUGAUGACGAGGAGGGGGAUGACGAUGGAGGUCCUGGCGAUGUAGAUGUCCGAGGUCAAGAUCCGUGGUUUGCUGGUGGCGACCCCUGGCUCGGUGGCGGGACGGUGCGCCGCGGUGGCAGCGGAGCCAGUGGCAGGCCCCCGAAGAUGCCUCGCAAGCAGCGUGCUGACAGACCUGUGGAUGAUGUUGACGGUGGCAUGGGUGCUCAGGCGGAUGCACUUCCACUGGUACCUGCUUUCCCUGCGCUUUCAGUGCCUUGCCAGGUGGCCGAGGCCAAGCUCUUCGAGAGCCUUCGGAUGAUGAUGCACAUUGUGAUCACGGCAUGGGCUAUUGCAUCUCGGACGAGGGCGGCGUCGCGUGUGCCUACUAGUGGCUGUGCUGCUCUUCCUGCCCUUCCUGCUCCAUGCGAUUACCAGGCCGACAGCGACAUAGUGGACUCCAUGAUGUACGAGAUGGACGUCGACGGGUACCCUGAGGACGACGCCUUGCGCGUUGCCUUCGAUAUUCCUCAUCGUGGGGCUCCUGUGGUUGCUGCUAAUGAGAGUACUGGCAGUCAUGGCUGGGAUGGUCGUGCUCUCCUUCGUGAUGGAGCUGGCGGUGGAGACGUUGAGGCUUUACUUGCGGAACUUCUCAAGCCCUUGGCGGACGCGCAAAAGAACUUCCAGAAUACGCUCGAGCGGAGUUUCGGUUCGCAGGUGCUGUCCUCUGGUGCUGGCGCAGCCCCCGGGCGGAUUAUACGUGAGAUUGUAUGGCAUGAGGAGGAGUUCGUGAGCUGGCGCCGGCGGUUGCCGCUCGCGGAGCUCUGCCAGCAACACGCUUGGCCCUUGGAGUUGUUCGUGGGUCGGUUCGUCACUCUCCUUGGCGGCCCCUGGAUUGGGCGUGUCGCGAAGAUAUCUGGCAUUCGCGAGGGCGCUGUCUGCUUGGAGGUGUACCCCGACGAUGAGCGUACAGAGGCGGACCCGAUGAUCGUCUACGAGUGUGGCAACCCCGCUAGUACUCCGCAGUGGGACGGCAUGAUGGUGGAGAAGAUGAUUCUGGAUGCGGAUCUGGCUGCUGAUCUCUGAGGUUGAGUGUGUGCUAGGGAGGGAGUGGCUUCGGUGGUCUGGCCCUUUUUACGGGUCGGCACGGCCAGGUGGGUGCCUCGUGGGGGCGCCCCUGGUGAUGCUGCACACCUCCGCGAACGGGGCUCAGGGGAGGGCGCUUCGGUGGUCUGGCCCUUUUGGGGGUCGGCACGGCCAGGUGGGUGCCCCGUGCGGGUGCCCCUGGUGACGCCCCAAACCCUGCACACGGACGGACGGGGCUCGCUACGGGCCCUGCGGGGGGGGGGAU